AUGCACAUAGCAGACUGGGACAGUCAGAUUGAUUUUGCCUUGAAUGAGUCUUUAAACUGCUCAGACUUCCUCGAGUACGUCUACCUGUCCAGAGACAGGAUACGAACCCAGCUGGACUAUGUGCGAGGCAACUUCACGUCAGAGGAUGAGGCUUUUAGGCUGCAGGGGGCCAUGGGAGGUUCCAGUGCCUGGGCUAUGACCCACAUGUCUGCGGCCGCUUCCUUGCUGUCGGCCUACGUCCAUAUCCACGGCAUGCUCUCAGCUGCUCGCUUUGAGUGCCUCAACGAGCAUCUGCAGCUGCUUUUCCUGAUGAGCUUCCGGAGGCUGAAGGGUCUACUGCAUGGCCAACUGCGUCACCUUUGGCUCGUCUUCCAGGGCACUGCGGAACUGGUCCGCCAGGGCGCGGGUAAGUGGCUAGCAGAGGUUGUAGACCUCUUCGAGGCGGACCUUCGCACCUAUGAGUCUGUGAUGGUGAACUGGAAGUCCAAGGAAGAAAUUGAAGCAAACAGCAAUGGGAGCAGCAUUCCCCUGAGGCCGGGCCCGCCCCUUCCGCCAUUCAGCACGCGAGAGGAUGGCAUCGCCUUAUCCACCAUUGAGGUGCUCCGACGUGACACCUUCGAGGAGUGGAAUGUGCCAAAGCCGCUUCUCAGGGCCUUGUUACGAUAUGUGAUUCCACGGGACAGCCAGGUAGCCGACUUCUGUGCAGGAAUCGGGACGGCUGCCAGCUUCCUGAAUGACACCGGCCUGGUCCGGGCCUAUGCUUUCGACGCAUCGAGCAACAUCAAGCUUCUGAGCCGGAACGCCGUGGAAUACCUGCGGCUGUACAGCGAAGAAGCGAAGCUUUGGACCACCUUUGAUGUAACCAUGUGUCUCUCCGCAGCUGCGGAUUAUGGACCCAAGCCCGAGGUUUGGGCCCAGGUUUGGAGGAACCUUGAAGCCAACACGCGCAGGACAGCCGUCUUGACCUGUGGUCUUGGGGAGGCGCGGCAGGAAGCCAUGAGCGCCGCGGCCACGCAUGCGCCUAGCUUGUCCUAUGAUGAGCAGCUGAGCUCUCAAAUUGAUGAGCUCCAUCCGGGGACCUGCAUCUUCUGGCGCAAGCCAGGGCUAUAA